AUGAGGUUCCCGUUUUUUGUGACAUUGUGUGUUCUGGCCCACUGCGCUCAGGGUGUCAACCGGCCUACCGUUGCUUUUGGAGAGCCUGAGCAUGCCCAUCCUCUGAAUUUGAACCGCGUACAUGAAGUGGGCAACGUCUUUGAUUAUCUCUGGCAUAUUUGGAAAGGAGUGGAAGAUGUCAUUACUGGGAGAAUCCCUCACCCCUUCAAAUGCACCGAGUGCUUCAAGGGUCUGGGCUGCUUCGAUGCAUGCAAUGGAACUUUCCAUUACAUUCACCUAUUACCGGAAACUCCCGAACAGAUCAACACGACGUUCCGUCUGUACCCUUGGUACGAUAACUCGACGGCGCUCUUGCUGAACUACACGAAUGUUAGCGGCUUGAACAAAACGAUUUUUGAAGACAAAAACCGCGGACUUCUCAUCGUGAAUCAUGGCUUCGCAGCGGACUCGAAUUCUGACUGGAUGGUUACUCUCAAGAACACCGUCAUCGAAAACCGACAGCACAACGUCAUCCUCGUCGACUGGCUGAACGGCGCGGGACCCUACGACUUCUUCUAUCCGAUAGCCGUUGUCAACACAGAUUUAGUGGGUCGCCAAAUUGCCGUCUUGCUCCACCAGCUGAUGUCAACGUAUGCCUUGAAACCCGUGACCAUUCACUACGUCGGUCACUCUCUAGGCGCUCAGUGCGGCCACUUCUUCGCCGAGUACUUUAAACAGAUCUCGGGCGGUAUGAAAGUCAAUCGAAUCACGGCUCUGGAUGCAGCCUCUCCACUCUUCGAAGCCUAUAAUGUUGGUCUGAAUACGAGUGACGCCAUGUACGUGGAUGCGCUCCAUACAUCAGCCGGAGAUUCGAUCCUCACUGGGAAGCUUGGCGUGGCACACCCUAUUGGGCACGUAGACUUCUACAUUAACGGCGGAACUUUUCAACCAGGAUGCUGGGAAGUUGAUCUCGUGUGUGCUCACAAGAGAGCUCACGAUUACUACGUAGAAGCUGUCGAGAAUCAGUUGGCGAACACACCUUGCGAAUUCAUCUCUCACUCCUGUGUCAACGGCAUCGGCGGCUAUAAAAACGGCACAUGCAUAUCUGCCAUCGGGAACUUCAGUCGCAUAUCGUACGACACUGUGUCUCAGACGGGCGACGGCAUGCAGUACCUCGAAACGAAUUCGUCCGCACCCUAUUGUGCUGCGUGAAAGGUUAUUGGCGGAGCGAUUCGGCAGUACCGGGAUCAUUUUAUCAGAGCUAAGGUGUUGUUCGUAGCGGUUCCAUGUACAGAUUCCAAAGAAUUGUUCCGACUUGAAAGGAAAAUGCACCCACAAUACAGUUAUCUUCGAACUAGUCGUUGUAACAAUUUUUUAAUUAGAAGUAAGUCAUGCAAGCAGCCCCCUGCCUUCUGGGAAUCACGCAGAACCAUAUGUUUAUGUAGAUAAACUUAUCGAAUUUCGGCCAACUUGAGCUUCUGAUACAUGGAAGACAUUAUCCGAAACUCCCCUUCACAACAUCGCAAUCAUCGUC